AUGAACGUAGAAGCUUGGUUUUUUGGACAUCAGAAGUUAAACCUAAUAGAAUGGUUUCCAGGUUUUGAUGCUGAGAAGCAACGUUAUUCUCAUGCUUCGGUAUGGGUUACUUUUCCUGGACUUUCAAUGGAGUUUUGGACUGAAAAAACGUUGUUAACAAUGGCAAAGUCUCUGGGUACUCCUAUAGUUGUUGAUAAACGUACUUUAGCUCAUGAAUAUGGUCACUUUGCUGCAGUUCUGGUGGAUAUUGACUUCGCAGAGCCUGCUACUGAUGCUAUCCAUGUUUCUGGUGGUGGUGUGGAUUUCUUGCAACCUGUUGAGAUUCAAAAGGUUCCGAAAUUCUGUUCUAAGUGCAAGAUAAUUGGUCAUACAGAUCAGGAAUGUAGAAAACAAGCCAAAAACAAUGUGGAUAACCAAGUUCCAACACAACAGAUUGUAGCUGUCCAACAGCGAUCUAGUUCUGAGGUCCAACAAGGUACAAAAUGGAAGGUGGCGCAGCGUAAGAAAAAGGGUAAGAAGGCUUCAAAGCAGCAGUCUUCUAAUGAAACAACAGAUAUUAGUAUAACUGGAGAUGUUGAUGUGGAGUAUGCUGCUAAGCUAGAGAAGGCUCAGCAGUUGGAGGUUGCAAUGGCUAAGUGCCAAGCUGAACUUGAUGAUGUUUAUGUUGAACUUGCAAGAACUAAACAAAUUCAUGCAUCAAAUUCAGUUUUAGUUAAUGAUGGUUCAGUGGGUGAAAUUGAAUCAUCAACUAAGCCAGGUGCGGUCGUAACUAAGAUUCCUAAACCUGUUAGGACUGGUUCAACUCCAACUCCUCUUAGUGAUCAACUGAUGGCUGGUGAGUACUUGUUGAAGAGAAAUAAGUUUGAUGCUCUAAACCUAGGGAAUGAGAUGCCUGAAAGUGAGGCUGAUGCAAAGUUUAGGGAUGAAAAAGAGCUUAAACGUAAUCGCAUGCAAAUCAUGCAGCGACGUAUUAAUAAUUCUACGGGUAGGAUUUCCCAAACUCACACGGUUUCCCAAACAGAUGAGGCUUCCCAAACUGAGAACGUUUCUUUGUUAGGAAAUUGUGUAGGAAAAGGAAGUUGUUUGACAAAAGGAAACACGUUGAGUUUAUACUCUGGUGAAUCCUCUAAGAUGGGUAAUGUUUCCUCCAAAACUUGUUUGUAA